UUGUUUAUACAUGGUACGUUGGUCACUUAUUCUACAUGUCUGCAGACGUCACUUCCCAACUUUUCAUGGCCCGGCCAGAUGCAGAUACACUUGAACAGUGCAUGAUAUUGACGGCACGCGACUUCAUAAUUCUUUCGCUGACUGUUCAUUUCAUAUCAGACUGGUGCUGGCACGACAAUGUCAAGAUUGGGAAUGGCCGAUUUGGGCGUCUGCACAAUGAACGACAUGCGUGACAAUGCCGCUAUGAUCGCCGCCAUCUCACCCUCCACGCCACUUAUCGCUGAUGCAGAUACCGGCUACGGAGGAUCUCUCAUGGUAAACCGCACGGUGACUUCUUAUAUUCGCGCGGGGGUCGCAGGACUUCAUCUGGAAGACCAAGUCCUCACCAAGCGAUGUGGACACCUCAAGGGGAAGCAAGUCGUCGACCCAGGCGAGUAUACAAGCCGGAUCCGUGCGGCGGUGCUGGCGCGUGAGCAAUCUGGGGGGGAUAUUGUCAUCAUAGCGCGGACAGAUGCGCUCCAGGGUCUAGGAUACGACGAGGCGAUAUCGCGAUUGAAAAUGGCAGUGAAGGCCGGUGCAGAUGCUGCAUUCCUCGAAGGAGUUGGGUCGAGGGAAGAAGCGGAAAAUUUUGUGAGAGAUCUUAAGCCUACGCCAUGCCUUUUCAACAAUGUUCCAGGUGGGGUUUCACCAGACUUUACGGCACGCGAAGUGAAGGAGAUUGGAUACAAGGUUGCAAUAUAUCCGGCACUGGCGAUGGAAGUUGUGUACCCUGCUGUCAGGAUUGCUGUCAGGCAAUUGUUUGACGAUGGAAGUGUAGCCAGUGUCGAGAAGGAUGGAAAACGUUGGAGCCCAAGGGAGUUAUUUGAAGUAUGUGGAUUAACGGAGAGUAUGGAGUUUGACCGAAAGGCUGGGGGCCAGGCGUACCUCGAAGAUGCGUAA